AUGAUAAAUGCAGAGGGAAAUAAAUAUGAACUACCAAAAGAUGAGGAGAUAGAAGAUUUUUUACAAAAAGUAGAAGAAGUAAGCAAUAAAAUCAAUGGGUUAAUCAAAGGGACUAUAAGUAUUGAAGAGCUAGACAAAGAAGAGAAGAAGUUACGUUUAGAAAAAAGAAUAAAAGAAAUUAAGGAAGAAGAAAAAAAAGAAUAUGAAAAGAAAAGAUUUCUUAUGGGUAUAGAAGGAAAAGGUAAUGAAGACAAUUAUUUAUUUUUUUGUUCUUUUUGUUUUAUUUUAUAUAAUUAUGAUUUGACAAAUUGUGUACGAUGUAAUAAAAAAGUUAUAAGCAAAGAAAAAAGGAAAAAGGAAAUAAAUGAUAAAGUACAAAAGUAUAAAAUAUUAAAAAAUAAAAGAAAUAUUAGAAGAAAUAGAUGGAAUACAUAUUUAAAAGAACAAGAAAAAAAAAAUAAUAAACCAACAUAUAAAAAUUAUACAAAUUAUGAAAAAUGGAAUCAUUAUGAACCAAGUUCAGAUACAUUUGAUGAACAUGAAAAAAUGUUAUGUCUACCUAAAAAUAAUGAACAAUUCAAACAAUUCGAAAAUAAAUUAAAUCAAGAUAUACAAAAAAAAAAAGAUAGACAACAAAUUGCAUAUUCUAUCAAAAUAAAAGGAAAUGAAUAUUUUAAACAAAAAAAAUAUAUACAUGCUAUUGAAUGUUAUAAUAAUGCAUUAGAUUUAUGUAAAGAUUAUUUAGAUUUAUAUGUUAAUAUAGCCCUAUGCCAAAUUAAAAUAUAUCAAUAUGAAAAUGCAAUACUUAAUUGUAAUCAAGUUAUUCAAUAUUAUAAUACUUUCCGAACAGAUCUCAAAUUUAAUCUAUCCAUUAUUUUUAAAGCUUAUGCAAGAAAAGCUCUAGCCCUUUUUAUAUUAUUUCAAUUUAAAGAUUCAUUAACAAAUUUUACUCAAGCUUUGGAAUUUAAUAAAAAUGAUGAACAAGUCAAUGAAUAUAUACAAAAGUGUAAACAUAUUUUAAAUGAUCAACUUAACUCCCACUAUGGUCAGAAGCAAAUACAAUAUCUUUCGUGUGGUAAUCCUUCUCAUGCAAAAUUAAAAAAUGCACAAAGUGAACCAGAAGCAAAACAAACCAAACAAAAUAUAGAAGGUGAAAAAUGUGUGGAGAAUAAAAAAAAUAUGGAAUGUGAGGAAAAUAAAAACAAUAUAGAAUGUAUAGAAUGUGUAGAAUGUGUAGAAUGUGUAGAAUGUGUAGAAUGUGUAGAAUGUGUAGAAUGUGUAGAAAGUGUGGAAAAUAUAAAAAAUGUAGAAUACAAUAAUAAUGACACAAAUAUUCAUAUACCGUUCAAUUCAAAUAAUCAAAAUAAUGCUUUCCUUUUACACAAUUUAAAAAAUUCAGAGAUAAACAAAAAUAUCAUGAUGGAAUUGUCAAAAAAAGAUAUUAAUAAAGAACCAAACCUUUUUAUCAUCCAUUUAAAAGGAAUAAGAAAGAAUAUAAAAAAAGAUGAAAUAACAAAAUUAAUAUUCUGCUCUCAUGUAUAUGAUUUAGAAAAGGAGGAUUAUAAUAAUCCGAAGCAAUCAACAAAAAAAAGAAAAUACAUAACUAUGUUAUCUUUCUUUGCUGAUAAACUGAAUGAUAUAUUAUUCUAUAUAAAAAGGAAAUCACAAAAUAAUGAUUGCUUAUUCUAUACACAAAAUAUAAAUAAUAAAAUUUUCAAAAUAAACAAAAAUGUUAAAAAAUGUACACAUUUAAUUAUUGAUAUCUUAAUAUUCAUACUUGAAAAUCAUUUUUAUUAUGCAGAUUUCUGCUUAAACGCUAUCAAACCCAUUUUUACCUUUUACUUUUUAAGAAAUGUAAAAGUAUCAAAGUGCCUCCAUCUCUUAUAUUCUAUCAUAUCUAAUAAUAAUGAAGGAAAAAAAAUGAUUUGCCAAAUGUUAGAAGAGAAACAUAUCAUUUUAAAAGAACUAUUUAACAAAUUAAAUAAUUUUAUCCUACAUGAAAGAAACACAUAUACAAAUGAAAAAAUUAAAAUAAUGGAAAAUUUAAAAACUCAUAUAUUAACAUGUACAUAUGUGAAAAAGUACCUGAACGUUCAGGAAAUAAAUGAAUUAGCUAGCCAAAAGUCAGAAUUUAUGAAAGAAAAUGAAUAUAAGAAUAUGGAGCACAUGGAGGAGUACAUAAAAUCUAAUGAGAAAGAAAAACUGGGAUACAAUACAAAAAUAAAUAAAGAGAUGAAGAAAAGAAAUAGUGAUAAAAAUUAUGAUAAUAUUUUAUUAUAUGGUUAUGAAAAAAAGAAGGAAAUAUGUAUGUCUGUUUUGAAGGAUAUUAUGUCUAUUGAUAUGUUGAAAAAGGAAAAUGAAAAUAAUAGAUCAUUAAUAAAUGAAGCAUCAAAAGGUUCUUUAUUUUGUAAUAUUAAUGAUAUGGAAAAAAGGGUAGAAACAUAUAUAAAAAAUAUUAUGAAAAAUACGAUGAAAAAUCAGGAUGAAGAACAAAACGAAUGUUUGACUUUGUUCAGUUUCUUAUCAUAUUUAAUUGUAUUUCCAAACAUUCUGAAUAUUAUUGAAAAAUGUUGCAUGCAAAAUAUGAUAAAUAUUAUAAUUUACAUAAAUGAAAAAAUGUAUGAUUAUAAAAAUAUGAAAUGUAACUAUAUAUUAUUUUUAUUAAAUUUCGUAAGUCACAUCAAAGUUCGUCCUUUUAUAUUGACAUGCUCAUUAUCAAAUAUGCUUUUUUAUAUAGAGAAGAAUGAAAAUGAUAAUUUACUGAAAAAUAUCUUAUCCGUACUUUUUAAUUUAACAAUAACAUGGCUAAACGAAAUGGAUAGCAAGAAUUUUAUUGUUUUAUCAUAUUAUGGAGAAAUAAAAGAAAGUACAUUUCGUAAAUUAAUUAAUGCUAUGGAAUCAACAGAUAAGCGUGUGUGUGAAUUGUCUAUGAUACUUUUAUCUAGAUUUUAUUUAUACAUGUAUUGUUUUAAUGAUAAAAUAAAAGUACAGAAAAACAUAAGGGAUACUAAAAAUAAACCAGAUGAUGUAUUAGAGCAGGUGCCUUUAAUAUUUAACAAGGAUGGUAUAGAUAUUAAACAUUUCUAUGAUGAAAAGACACAACAAAAAAAUGAAAGUUUAAUGAAUAAAUUAAAAGAAAAAAUAAAGAAAGAAAAUGAAAAAUUAUAUGAACUAGAUAAUAUAUCAUUUUUAUAUUUAAAAAGAAAUAUUAUGAAUUGUUUAUCAAUAGUAAAUAUACAAAAUGAUCUUCUAAUAAUAAAUGCAUGUAUAAAACUUGUAUACAAUUUAUCGAUAUAUACAAAUUUUAUAUUUAAAAAUAUAAUAUAUGAUCAAACAAAUACAAAUGAAUAUUACUUUAAACAAUUAAUAAGUCAAAUUUCUUCUAUCCUUUUGGAUAUUACACUGGACGAAAAAGAAAAGAAUGUCAACAAAUCAAUAUAUGUAUUAAUAAAUAAUAUUAUCAUGUUCUUUAUUCAAAGCUUAAAAUUUAUUUGUAUACAUAACAUCCAUAAAGAAGAAUCUAUAUAUAUCAUAAGAACAAUUCAAAGCAUUAUUCCUUAUGCUAUCAAAAUUUCAAAUAGUAAUGAGAAAAAAUUGAAUAAAAAUAUUUCCAUGUUUGUAUCAUAUUGUUUUUUGAAUAAGGAUUUAAAAAAAACAAUACUUGAGUUAUAUGAUAAUGAUAUAAGGAAAGUGGAGCACUUAAUAAAAUAA